AUGAGUGCAAACUUGAAAAUAUUAACGGAAAGAAUAGAGAAAAUUGAAAUAUAUGUAACAAAUAAUAAAUCCAACAUUAUGAAUAUCGAAAAAGAUCUGAACGAUGUCAAAACAACAUUAAACUUCCAAGAAACAAACCUUAUAGAUAAAAUAAAACAAAUUAGAAAGUGUUAUGACAACGAAGUAAAUAUGUUGACCAAAAAAACAAUCGAUCUCGAAAACAGAUCUCGACGAAACAAUCUGCGAAUAGAUGGAGUAAAAGAAAAAGCAGGUGAAACCUGGACUGAAUGCGAGGAUACAGUUAAAGAUAUUUUUAAAAACCAACUAAAAAUAAAUAGCGAAGUUGUUGUAGAAAGAGCACAUAGAGUAGGCAAAACAAAAGAUAGUAAAAUACCUAGAACUAUAGUUCUGAAACUUUUAAAUUAUCAAGACAAGAACAAGAUUCUUAACGCUGUUAAAAACUUGAAAGGUACUGGUGUAUUCAUCAACGAAGAUUUCGCAAAGGAAACUAUCGAGAGUCGCAAAAAGUUGUGGGAAGAAGUCAAACGUCUACGCGGUGAAGGAAAGUACGCCAUUAUCAAGUAUGAUAAAAUUUUUUGUAGAGAAUUUAAAAAUCCCAUCCCUAACUUUAAGUCCUAA